AUGCCAAAAUCAAAGUCAAAAAAGGCCUCCCCCAAGCACUUUCCAUCAAAACCCUACAUGCGAGCCCUCCACACGGCCCCGCCGACCGCGGCCCCACCCACUGCGGCCUGGUCGACAACGGACGACGAGCUCCUGCUAACCUCCAAGACCUCGGGCAAGAAAUGGGUAGAAAUCAGCCCCCUCUUCCCGGGCAAGACCAGCAACGCGUGUCGGAAGCGCCACGCCAGGCUCGUCACGAAUGCGCAGUUGGAAUGGAACGCAGAGCGCGAGAAGGACCUCGCGAUGGAGUUUGCCAACGCCAAGGUUGCAUUCUUCAAGAGCUUGGCGGGUAAUCUGGGCUUGGAGUGGCAGCAGGUGGAGAAAAAGGUUAUUCUCUCAUCCUUUCCCAAAGCCGAGUCUUGCCAGUGGUUGUGUGAAUUAACGCAUGGCAGUGCGUCGAAAUGGGCUUCCGCGCGCUUUUGGAGAAGGGCAAAAAGUGCUCACCCACCGCUCCCCCUCCUCCCCACUCGAGAACGCACAAUCCCCAAUCGAACAGGAAGAGAAGAGUAACGGACGAUACCGGCGAGGACUCUCCCGCCACUGAGAAUACCCAAUCACCAGCACCAGCAGCAGCAGCGGUACCAGUGCCAGCACCAGUUAGACCCAGAGCAAAGAGAAUUGGAAAGCCCCCAAAGACGAAAAAGCCCCCAGCAGCAGCAGCAGCAGCAGUAGGAGGCGGGGGGGGAGGAAGAGGCGAAAUAGUGGUAGAAGUACCGGUAGGCAUGGAACUGGAGGUAAGGGAGGACCCGGCCGAUGCGGGAGACGAAUUGGAAGACGACGAUGAGGAGAAAAAGAGGCUCGACACCACGCUGGAGUAA